AGCCAUUUUCAAAGGUUGCACAGGGACGAAGUAGCUUUAAUGUAGCCAAUGCACAUUUUGAUUGGUUGCGAAAAAAUAAACGCAGACAUAAAAUCGCCGGACAACGAAUAAGAAUCGGCUAUUUCACCCAAUAAGGUUUCAGUAAUAUCAGGGGCGGCAAAAAAUAAAUAAUUUGGUAAAGGCGGGAAAAUAAACACGGCGGUGCACAAGCGUUUUGGUGGCGUUCACUAUAAAAUGUCUGUCGUUGAUCCGCUCUGCUGUGGCUUUGUUAAAAUUGGAGCGUAUGUUAUUUUGACAAAAGACACGCCUUUAAAAAAACAAGAUAAUGAAAACAAAAAGGUAUAUAACGGACGUGUAUUCAAGGAGGUUUAAAAAGAAGGAGAGAGAACUCUUUUAUUUCUAUUGAAAUCAUCCGUGUCUCAUGUUUACUUUUCUCUAUUGUUCUUACAUCGAAUUCUGUCAAUCAAAAUUUGAAAUCUCGCGCUUAAAUUAAUAAAUUAGCCGUUGUCUUUUGUUACUAUUUGCAUAAAUUAUGAGCCCGCGGCUAUUUUUCUCUCAGCGGUAAAUGCUUGUUAGUUGAUAAAUUUGUCGUUUUUACAUAUCAUAAACAAGCAAGAAGCGAAAUGGCAGGCGAAGACGUUAAAAAUAUAAUAGAAUUGGAUGAUGACUUUUUUGUGACGGAAGAAAUGUUGUCAGAUUUUACUGUUUACGAAAGUUGUGAGGUGGAAGUAUCGUUUGUGGAAGAUCUGUUGGAAGAAGAAAAUGAAGUAGAUGCUGGAUAUUUGGGUAUUCCUCAAAUAGUAUUCGUUGAUGAAGAAGAUGUGGACAUGGUGGUUGAUAACAACAGUACCAAAAAUGUGAAGUUUGUGUGCAGCAAGUGCAAAAAACAGUAUUUUAAAGAAGCUUACUACAAGAAACAUACUCUGAUAUGUAAAAAGCCAACAGAUCCAGAAACAACAACAGUGGCAAGAAAAACUCUUGAUGACUCAAAAAAUAAAUCAACUACAACAAUUUCCACAAAACAAGUUAAAUCAAAAUCGAAUCAAUCUUUAUCCAUCACCGAUCAUGAGCUGCAGCAAGAAAAAAUGAAUUUUGUUCGUGAUGCUAUGGUUAAAAUUUCAAAAGACCCAAUCAAUAACAUUGUUGUGAAAGGAUUCAAAACACCUGGAAAUCGUGUCAAAGAAUUAGCCAACUCAAUUUUGAAUGCUGGGAGUGAUGUUUUGGACAUUAUUUCUGAAAAUGUAGUGUGUCGCAUAUUUAAAGAAUUGCAAAAAUCUAACCUACUGACUGGUUCAGGAAAAGAAUCUCUUUGGAGAAAAGUGCAUGAACUUGCACAAGACGAUAAAUUCAGACAACAUUGGAAACAUGUAUUACCUAAAAGAUACUGCAUUGACAGUCAAGAAUUCUCUAUGUUGUUGCAGAAAUUUGUUAUGGAGUUAAUAAAAAUACUAGUAGCUCAUGAAAACAAAAAUCGACAUGUCGAAAAAAGUCUUGACUUGAAACUCACAACUGAGGAACAAACUGUUCUGUAUUAUGUUUCAGGAUACAUAAUUUUCUCGCUACGUAAAAAAUACCAAAGAUUAGCAGAUUCGAAAAACAAAGUUGUUGCUGUGGCUGCAUUGCAGUUUCUGAACUCAUUGAAAGUUUCAGGUGAUGAUAAACUGCAGGUAUAUAGUUUUCUGGAUUAUACAAGAUCUUGGGUGGACCAAGUCAGCAGAGGAUACCUGAUAAAAGUCAAUGAUGACAUGUUUAUUUUUUGCAGAAGAAUUGAAAACGUUAUUAGAAAAGUUUUAAAUUUGAACAUGUUGAAAAAAUAUAAAGGAGAAGAUAUACGGGAACUUUUCGAAAAUGAACUUAUGAAGGACUCUUUAAUUGAUCAAGCCUGGGUCAUACUUUCACGGUAUCUUGGAAAUGAGAAGUUAUCGAAAAUUCUCAAAGCUCAGAUCAUUAAAAAAUGGUGUGACAUCAGAGCAAAAGCAUAUGUCACUGCAUAUAUACAAGUAGUUCGACGCAAACUUGCUUCUCUAGCAUCGGAGAAAAAAGAGAAGUUGACUGUAGUCUUAUCUAAAAAAGGUGAACCAGCAAUGAGAAAAAAACUUAACUAAUUGUCAUAACAUUUUUACCUAUAACUUGUUUUAAUUUCUAUAUAUCUUUUCCAUGUAUAUAACUGUGUUUCUUAGUAAAAUAAUCAUACCCUUAUUAUGUUUGUACUAUUUUAAGGGUUUUUUUCGGAUUGAGUAAGGAUUCAAUCUCGCUGAAGCUGUUUAUUUUAAAUCUAAAUUUUUGCCAAGAUUUGUGAACUUCACUCUCAUUUCUUUUUUUUGUGCUACUUCUUUGUUCAGUUAUGCACAUUGGCAAGCGUUAAACUGAAUAAUGCUGCGAGAUCAAAACUCUGCGCGCUUUGCUAGAAAUUUAAUAGAUCAUAAAAACGCGGAGAAAUGGUCGAUGGAUAGGCUAAUCAAGAUGGUAUGAAACAACAUGCUUUUUAUCAGCUGGAGGGACCCUGAAAAAUAAGUUGCGCGUGCAUAAUUACCGACGCAAAUAUUCUUACGCGAGAAUCGCUACUUAAAGCUGACCGCAACCUCGGACCUAGGAUUGCCGCAUCGGAUGCUCUAUGCCUGACUGUGGCCUGAUGAAAUCAACUCACUUUUUGAUUAUUCCAUUUGAUUAAAUUUUUUGCAAACAAGUUUUAUAUCUCACACGGGUAUCGAACUCUCUUUGCAAACAAGUUUUACAUCUCACACGGGUAUCGGGUAUGUUUUAUUGUGGUUUGUAUACACCCUUACACCAAGAGGCCUUUGUCACGUUCUUUUUUUAAAUCAACAUAGUCCCGAAUAGCGAAUAUUAAUUUCGACACUCCUUCGCAUGAAUUCUUGUUGGGAAUAUAAUGAAACUUGUCCCCAGGGUUGUUCUACAUAUCGCGAAGUGAGUAUGUAAAAAAGCAAAACAAAACUGUAAUAUUUAUUCACGUAUGGCGGAUCCAUUCGAAAUGAAGAUAAAAGAAAUUCCGUAAUAGUUGUAAUUUCCCGAUGACAUAAAUAAAAAUUACAUAGCAAUAAUAAAGUAGCAAUCCUAAAUUUUUUUAAUCUCAAUUAUUUUCUAAGAUUUGAUGUUUUCAAAAAAAUGUUUCAAAUCAAAGUCAAAAUCGUACUCCACUAAAAAUAUUUGCAAAAGAUGUGACUCAAAAGACAAGGCACUAAUAACAAAACAACUUCUAUGUUGAAAAAGCGUAAUGGAAAAAAUGUCUGACAUACUCAGAAAAAAUAUAAAUAAAAUAGUCAAACAAUCAUGUUUCCAAAAGUAUCAAUAUAUAAAUAACUAUCUCUUUCUUUUCUGUGGAAGUUUCCUCAUAUCAUUUACGUCUAGGUGAAUCUGAUUUUGAUUACCACGUCGAGUGUUUCCACGUUGAUCUCUGAUCAACUCAGAUUUCAUAACAAGCAAAGAAAGUUCUUGUUGGCCAAAUUGAUAAAGUGUUGGGUUGUCACAUGUACCACCACUUCGUCUUUGACGAGCGAAAUGUUCCUCCAAUGGAUCUUGUGAGAAUUUCUCGCUCAAAAUCAUCUUGACAUUUGGACUCUGGAGAAGUAAUUUGGUCAGUUCCACGAAUGAUUUCACUAUGGACAAAGAUAAAAAAAAUAUACAUUUAUAGAACAACACCGUUUGUCCAUGAAACAUUGCCUGGAACCACAAUUGCAGAAAAAUGUAGAUUUUUUACCUGUUAUUUUCCAACCAUUUAUCGUCUGUUUGCUCAAUAACAAUUUAUUUUUUUCAUCUUGGGAUAAAUUAGGUGUGUCAUUGGCUUGUUCUUCCCACCUUCCCAGGUAAUGUUCGAGGAAUUCUUUCUCUAAAAACUGAAUUUUACAUGUUGAUGUGAAAAAAAUGAAAAAUGAAAAUGGAAAUAUUUGCACACCCUUUUACAUGGAGAUCAAGUUCUUUAGGACUGGUUUACAAAUAUGCAAAAUGAACUUGAGCUUUUUGAGGGAAAAAUGUUGUGUUUCUGAAUUCCGUUACAAAAUAAUUGAAUGUAUUUCGAAUGAUACUACUAACCUCAAAACGCCAAUCGUUAACAUCUCUAUAUGCUGCAAGAGCUAUUUUUCCGCCACGAUCUUGAUUAAUUGAAGAUACAUUCAAGCAAUCAAAAACUUGGUCAAACAUACGCACAAACUUUAUUGUACUUUUCGUAUAAUGCAGCCCCUGAACCUCAAGUGCAUCAGCAGUUGUUUUACUCAAAACCUAAAUGCAAAAUCAUAAUUUACAUGAGCAAUGAUAAACACAUUAUCAGAAGUAUAUCAUUAUUUGCAACUCCCACAAAAUAAUCAAACUGUGAAUCCACUAUCACUCAGAAAACACUAAUACAAACAAGCAGACAAAUAAAUAAUAAAAAAAGAAAAGAAAAAUAUCUCACUUGGGUAGCCAACUUAACUUGCAUCCUCAACCUUGGAGUUAACUUUAUGUGAUCCUCUUUUAGUUUAUAAAGUUUCCUUAAUCCAGGUGCUGCUCCAUGUAAAUUCAGAUCCCAUUCAUAAACAUUGACAAGAUGGUUCCAGCUGAUAUCCAUGUGAUCGAG